AUGGAGACGGAGCCGAUUUCUCCCGAGCCAGCCGAAGCGCCCGGAGAUGCGGCGACCCCAGAGGCCGUAGAAGCCUCCCCCUCCUCCUCUGCCGUCGCUGCCCCCAUUGCUGAGGAGUCGCCGGUCAAGGGGGAAGCGGCAGCGGAGGGGGAGGCGACGGCGGCCGCCGAAGAAGAGAAGCCAGGAGAAGAACCCACCGAAGAACCGCCUGCAGGGGAGGAGGCGAGCGACGGCCAGGCGGAGGAGGAGGAGGCGCCGGCGCCCCUGGAGGGAGCAAUCGCGGGCCAAGAACCAUCGCCAGCGGAGGAGGAGGAGGAGGAGGAGGGGAAGGCAGCGGAGGAUGAAAGCGGCGGCGAGGACGCGGCGGCUGCGGCGGCUGCGGCAGAGGAGCUCCCCCAGGGGCCCGAGGAGGCUCCCUCCAGCGCGUUCCUGGUGCCUGCGCUGCCUACCAGCGUGUCCUUCGCCGAGGGGGAGCCGCUGGAGCCGGAGCCGCUGCAGAUCGGUGUCGACCUGAGCCGCCGGCUGAGCGUCAGCCUGCGGGAGCUGGAGAGCAUCAGGAGGACGUCGCCGGAGCCCAACAGCCCCGAAGACGAGGAGAGCCUCGAGGAACCGGGGGAGACCGAGCAGGAGGUCGAGGCGCGCCUGGCCGAAGAAGAGCGGCAGCGGACCGAGCUGGUGGAGGAGUACCGGCAGCUGGUGUCGGAGCGGAGCCGCCUGCGCCAUUACAACACGAAGCUGCAGGGCAAGCUGGCUGACCUGCUGAACAAGGCCAAGGCCAAGGAGCUUCCCCGGGCAGAGCUGGAGCAGCACAUCUCGGACAAAGAGCAGCGCUACAACCGCUACUUAGCUAUGCUGGAGGAGCUGCGGAACCAGCAGACGGAGGAGAUGGCCUGGUAUCAGAGGCAGAUAGAUGCCCUCCAAAGGACCUGUGAGGAGAAGCUGGCCACUGUGAAUGCUGAGUGGAAGACCUACCUGGCUACCAAGAAGGACGUGGCUGUGUACACCAUGGGGCGGCGGCUGGGAGGCAAGCAGGCUGCCAUCAAGCAAGUGGAGCUGAUCCAAUCGAGAGAGCAGAGCAAGGAAAAAGAGAUGACGGAGGUUCGUCUGGAAAAUAUAAAGUUGAAACACAGGAUCCAGAAACUUGAAGCAAGCUUAAAAGCCCAAGAGGAGUUGGCAGAAGGACUUCACUUAAUAGACUUUGAGCAGCUGAAGAUAGAGAACCAGACCUACAAUGAGAAAAUUGAAGAGCGCAAUGAGGAGCUUCUGAAGCUCCGGAAGAAGAUCACCAACACAGUGCAAGUCCUGACUCAGCUAAAGGAAAAACUGCAGUUUGUGGAAGGAGAGAAUCAAGGACAAAAGGCUCAGCUAAUGGCAGUAGAAGCUCUCGUGGCCCAAAAGAGAGAUCAUCUAACGAGGACAAAACAGGCUCGAGAUAGAUUGCGAAUAGACAACCAGAAACUUCACCAGAGAUGUGGCUUACUUGGAAAUACACUGUUACUGAGGGACUUUGAGAGUAAGGUAGAGGCUGCUGAAACACUGAAGCAGAGGCUGGAAAUACUGAAACGUCGCCAUGCUGGCCUCUCCCUUGCUUGCAGAGGAGUCAAGAAGAAAAUCAGUGGGGUAAACUCUUUUCUGCCAGUCUAAAUGGCUGAUUUGAAUGUCAGAAGUGGGAAGGUGUUUUUCUGUGCACAAGUAAAAUAUUAAAUUGCACAUUGUUAGAUCCUAAUGUAUACUCUAUUGUGCAUGUAGCUGUAUACAAGUUAAUUUUUACAUAUUUGAUCCUUCACUCUACCCACCUCCCCCAUUGCUGUCAUUGAAAGAAAGGGUAUUUUGCAGUCUUAGUGCAUUCUUUUAUAUUUAUCAAAAUUCAUUCCCUGUUAAAUACAUCUUAUAUACCUCUUUGUACUCUCUCAGCACAGAGAUGGUAAAAAUGCAGUUUUAUUCUUUUGUAUUAUUUCAACAUGUUAUUGGUGGAGGCCAUGGAUUAAUAAACUGAAAAUAACCAAUUAA